AUGGCUUACGUUACUGGAGUUAUUGUCGAGCCAGCUGCUAUCUUGAACAAACGCUAUACAGCGACUGGUGAUGUGGAGCUUCUGGUGCAGUGGACUGAUAAGCUUGAGCAUGACAAUACUUGGGAACUGGCUGCGGAUCUGUUUAAGCGUUUCCCCAAUCACAAGCUUGAGGAAAAGCUCAUUUUGAAUGAAGGGAGUAUUGAUAAGAUAUAUCAUACUUAUUAUGAAAGAAGAAACGUUCAGGUGGAGAAAUGCGAGCUUACGUGGAGGACUAGAGUAAAGGAAGUGAAGAAAACUCAAAGCCUCCGUUUGGUUAAGAGGGUUUGCUGUUAG